AGGGAGCGAAUCUAAUGUUACCAUAAUAAGUUUGUGACAAACGUAAUCAGUAGGUCAUCCAAGGUGAGUCAAAUUUGUGACGGCGUCGUUCCCAGCGUGCUUUGCAGAAAAAUGAAAAAAAAAAUGGCGGACUAAUCUUUCUUCCUGUUUGCCUUCUACGGACAUUCAAGGUCACGCUACCUCCUGGGCCUAUAAAUAGCGGUCUAAGUUUUUGUUUUCACAAUAAUCUACAGAACUCGUUGUUGCUGUUGCAAUCAGGAAACUACUCAGUGUACGAGAGGAGUUCAGAUAUAUCUUCGGAUCAAAAGAGAUCACAAAUCGAUAGAACAAAGCUGUUAGUAAUUUAUUUGGUUUCAAGUGAUCAUGUUUUUAGUGGUGGCAGUUUCUUUGCUGCUGGCUGCUGUUGUGUUGAUCUCCUUGGUACUGCUUGGAAGACAUCACUCUGAAGAUCCAGUGAGGAAGAUGCCUGGCCCAAAGACAAACCUUUUAUUUGGCAAUGUUUUGCAGCUGCCAAGACUACCGAAUGAUCUUGUGACUCAGAUAUUACAGUGGGUGUAUGAGUAUCACAAUGGGAUGUUUUGUCUGUGGCUUGGGCCAACAUACCCUUUUAUCUUCUUGUACAAACCUGAACUGGUGGAGGUUGUUUUGCAUAGCUCCAAACAUAUCAGCAAGUCUGCAGAUUAUGACUUUUUACAUCCUUGGUUAGGAACAGGCCUGCUGACCAGUGAUGGAUCAAAAUGGAAGACAAGACGAAGGUUGAUCACUCCAACAUUUCACUUCAGCAUUUUGAAUACCUUCUUACAAGUUUUUGAAGAACAAUCAAAAAUACUGGUCUCAAACCUUGAGAAAAAGAUAAAGACAGGAACUUUCAACAUAAUGCCAUAUAUUACUCUGUGUGCUCUGGAUAUUAUAUGCAUUACCUCCAUGGACUCCUCACCAAAUGCACAGGGAGAUACCAAUUCUCCAUAUGUCAAGGCAGUUGGAAGGUAUUAUCUUUGUUAUUUUCAGGGCCACGAUACCACAGCCGCCGGACUAACGUGGGCUCUCUAUCUGCUCGCCCGCCAUCCUCAUGUACAGCAGCAAGUGCACGAAGAAGUAGAUAAAUUUUUCGAGCAGCGGCCAGAAACCCUCACAGUAGAGGAUCUGAAGGAUUUGCGUUACUUGGAAUGUGUUGUUAAGGAGGCCCAGCGCAUGUUCCCAUCUGUGCCCUUCAUUGCAAGGACGACGACUGAAGACUGUCACCUAGAUGGUUACUUGGCUCCAAAAGGUACUAAACUGAAGGAAUUUAUAGAGAAAAGGCCGCAUUUAAUCCUCGUGUCUCGUUGGUGUGCCAUUCGAAUUUAG